AUGGAGGCCUUAGUAAUAUUCACAAUCUGUGUGAUUGUGGUUGAAAAUGUGUUUGGUAUUCCAGUUGAAAUGUCCAGUGCGACUUAUUUACAACAAAGAGAACAAAUUAUGAAUGGCGAAAUUAACUCUAGAAUCGGGGGAAGAGUACGGUUAUCGGCUCGUGAGCAACAGGUGAAUCGAAUACUGAUGGAUGCUAAACAGAAAGAAAUCAACAUCUCCAGAGCAGCAAACGGUCCAUCGUUUCUACCGUCGGUUCACUUUUUCCUAGGAAAACCUUUAAUCGAAAAGAGCGCAGUUUUUCAGAUUAUCCAGGCAAUGCCCAAAGGUGGAGCUCUCCAUCUGCAUGACUGUUCAAUGGCAGAUAUUUCCUGGCUAGUGAAGAAUGUUACCUACAUGGAACAUUGCUACAUGUGUACAGAUCAAAACAAUAAAAUCCAGUACCACUUCUUUCAGACUCCUCCUUCAAAUCCUGGUUGUCCCUGGAAAUUGGUGGCGACUGAGCGACAGAAUUCUCCCAAUCAAGGGCAAUUUGAUGAAAUGCUGUAUAACAGUAUGUCCUUGGUAGUUCCUGAUCCUGUGAAGACUUACCCCACAAUAGAUGUUGUUUGGACGGAAUUUCUUCGAGUCUUGGAUGUUGCGAAUGGGCUCAUCAACUACGCACCUGUGUUUGGGAAAUAUUUUUAUGAGUCUCUUAAAGAAUUCCAUGAUGACAAUGUUCAGUAUCUGGAAACAAGAGCUCUACUACCAGAGCUCUACAAUCUGGAUGGCAGUACUAUCAACAACAAGACACAGGUGAUGGAGAUAUAUAGACAGAAUCUGGACCAGUUUAUAAAGGACUAUCCAGAUUUUACUGGUGCUCGUAUCAUUAGAUCGGGUCUCAGGUUUGUACCUGCCAGUGACGUACUAAACCAGGUGAAGGAAUCUGUAGCAAUGCUACAACAGUUCCCAGGUCUGUUUGUUGGCUACGACUUGGUGGGACAGGAGGAUCCAGGGAUCCCCCUUAUAGACUACAUUAACGCCCUUCUCUAUCCCUCACAGCAAAACAUUAAUCUGCCUUACUUCUUCCAUGCCGGAGAGACAGACUGGCAGGGGACACCUACAGACAACAAUUUGAUAGAUGCUGUGCUAUUAAACACAAGUCGCAUUGGUCAUGGUUACGCCUUAGAUAAACAUCCAGUGGCGAAGAGUAUGGUAAAAAGUAAAGGAAUAGCCAUAGAGGUUAAUCCCAUAUCCAACCAGGUGUUGAAAUUGGUGGAUGACCUGAGGAACCAUCCAGCUUCCACCCUCAUCGCUGAGAAUUUCCCCGUGGUAAUCAGUGCAGAUGAUCCCUCUGUCUGGGGUGCUCGGGGAUUAUCCUAUGACUUCUACAUGGCGUUCAUGGGCCUUGCUGGUGCUGACGCAGACCUGGCAAUGUUGAAAAAGCUGGCCAUCAAUUCUUUAGAACACAGUGCUCUGUCACGGGAGGAGAAGAGUAAGGCCAUUUUCAACUGGGAGUACAAGUGGAACCAGUUCUUAAACAAGAUCCUUGGCAAUGGAAUCCCUCAUAAUUCUUUGUUUGGGAGAUACUGAGCCAACAGUCACAGAUUUAACAGUGGGAUCUUUUGUAUGUCCUCUCAUUGAUUUAGUGCUCUGGUCAUCAACAAUUUUCAAUCUUUUUCCAAAAUUUGGUCCAUUGCAAACAUAUAUUGAUUUCUGCUUACUGAACAGAGAGUGAUUUUGGGUUUUAGAAAAUCACGAAUAGACUGCUUUAAAUUCUUUAUUUAAUCAAAUUUUUACAUUUGAUAUUCAUUGUUUGAUUUUUUUGUUUGGAUGGCAAGUGCAUGGAUUUUCACCAUUAAUUAAGGAUUCAAUCAAUUACUCAUUAGAUUGUUCAA